AUGAAGCUGUCUUUGACUGCCGCCGCUGUCCUGCUCGUCGACCUCUCCGUCGCCGACGACGUGGCCUGCCCGGCCGGCUACAAGGCCGGCGACCGGUGGUGCCAGACGGCCGGCGCGGCCAGCGACAUCCUGUACUGCAACAGCAAGCAGGCCGGGCUGCCCAUCUCGCACUGCCCCGGGCGGUGUGUCAACACGGGCAGCCGCAGCGCCUAUUGCGAGUUCUCGGGCUGGGACGACAAGUGCGACAAGAACCCGAGCUACAACGUCUGGUGUGUCCGGGACGGCGGGCCGAGCGGCAUCCGCGUCUGCGGCGCCGACGGGCGCUUCCCGGUCACGAGCUUCUGCGACGGCGUCUGCCAGAGCAACGGCGGGCACGCCGUCUGCCUCCCGGAGGGCUGGGAUGUCAAGUGCCCGGACGGCGUGCAGGAGGGGCGCUCGUACUGCGACGUGGAGGCCGGCCCGGGCAAGAUUCGCAAGUGUGACAAUGGGCGGUUCGUGGUCACGAAGACGUGCAAGGAUAUCUGCGAUCCCAACUAUGCGAUAUCUGGAGCACGGGCGCUGCUCGUGCCUUACGAGGCGCACCAUGUGGUCAAGUACCACGGCUGGAUGCAGGACCCCGACAUCCGAGAAGCCACGGCGUCGGAGCCCAUGACGCUGGAAGAAGAGUACGAGAACCAGCAGUCGUGGCGCACGUCUGCCGACAAGCUCACAUUCAUCAUCUGCAAGCCCGCCACAACCGCAGACACGUCCAUCACUGCGCAGAAGCAAGACGCCAGCGCGCGCAUGGUCGGCGACGUCAACUUCUUCCUCUACGCAGAUGACGAAGAGGGCCAGGGCGGCGGCACUGAUAAUGCUCUCAUCGGCGAAGUGGACGUCAUGAUUGCGGCCAAGGAGCACCGGGGCCGCGGCUACGGCGAAGCCGCCGUGCGUCACCUGCUGCUGUACAUACAGACGCACCUGGACGCGGUCCUGGAAGAGCAGCCCGGCAACCGCAGCCUGCGGGCGCUGAUGGUCAAGAUCCAGCAGGGCAACAGGGGCAGCCGCGGACUUUUUGAGAAGCUGGGGUUCGCGCAGCAGGGCGACGUGAAUUAUUUUGGCGAGGUCAAGAUGGUGCUGGACUGGCGGGACGGGGUUAGGGAUCGAGAUGCUGCGUGGGCGGCGGCGGCGCGCGAGCAUCGCGAGGUCAAGUACGAGGCGGCACCUUGA